CCAAAUCAAAAUCUACCGCUGUAGAGAUGGACGCAAACCGCUUGUGCUACAUGGUCUCCAAAGUCCAGGGCUCCAGAAUGGAUGAGCAGCGAUGUUCUGCACCCCAAAUCUUCCAGAAUCUGGGUACCCCUUCCACUCAACACAAAGAUAAUCCUACACACCCAAAUGAUAAACCUACCCAGAGGUCUGCCUCCUUCAACAUUAGCAAGCCGCAGGAGGCUUCUCCAGCUGAACAGGAUAAUUUUCUUAAAAUAAUGAGUCAUGCACAAAGAGGACGUAUGGACGAGCAGCGUUGCUCUCUGCAACCCAGCAGAAGUACACCCUCUACACCCACAAACAAUGGAAGUGCUUUAAAUAACAUGCCAUCAGCAGGUGGAGAAGCUGAUGCAUUCUUCAAGAUCAUUUCCUCCAGUCAGGCACGGCGGCUAGACGAUCAGCGUGUUACUCUUCCUAACCUGCCAGGGAUAGGUCGAAACUCUGAAGGAAAAGAAAAUGUUAGAAACAAAAAGGCUGAAAUCACAACUUCUCUACCACGUAUCACUGUGGCUGAGAGUACACCAACAACAUCACGGAAAGACAAUCACAGAUCUACCUCUCAACUCAACAUGGCUUCCGCUGAGUCUGGCUCUCCUAGAGCCAUUCCUAAAUCUGCUUCCUUUACCCCUGAGACAGAAUAUCAGAUGCUAAAUUCCCCAGCUCAGGUGACAGUGAAGGUGUCCAUGAGCUUCACACCACAGCUGGGACAGAGGAAAAUCAUCCAACCAAGUACAUUCCCUGAAGUCUUCCUCACUCUGGGAGCUCCUGGAGAUAACAUUGUGAUCCCACUGAGUCCAACACCUGGCAGACCCCUGUCCUUAAACUUAAACCUUAUCCCAAAAGAUGAUGUUAUGUCCAGGCCCUGCUCUCCAAGCCUUGCAAGUCCCAGAAAAGCUCGCUCAAGACCAUCAUCUCCUAACCCAAGAGCAGCCAAUAAAGCAUCUCCUGAUACCUCAUUUCGACAUGAAAAUGAGAUGCUUGUGUCCAAUCAAAGAAGUAGAGACGAGGAUUCGUUUUCACUGAUUGAGAAGGUUCACAUUGCUCAGCUGCAAAAGGGGAUGGCACAAGGAGGACACAAAAGAAAAGCAGACACUGGAAAUAAGAAGGAAAAGGAACAGCAUGGCAAAGGAAAAAGUGGUGGCAAAAAAAGAUAGAAGUGUUAAUGAUGACAAAUUAUAAAUUAUGUCCUUAAAAAAAGACAUGAAAUGUGUGGGUUAGAAGAAAACAUGAAAAUAAUUGAUAACUCUUUGCUUAUGAAAUUGUGGCUGCCAUUUUUUUCCAUGCUAAUUGAAGUUUACUCCUUAUUUUGUUCUUCUUUU